UAAUCUUUAAUGUGCAAAUAAAAUACAACAAACAUAUCACAACUGAAACGAUAAUCUUGAAGCAGAUUUACGACUUGUCAAAUUCACCAUUGAUGCAGUUUAUAGGUUUAAUUUGAGUAAAUAGUUCUACUUAAGGUUUAGCAACAUUGCAAACAAGUAGAUCUCUACUUGGAGAGGUUUGCGGAUUUUCUUGAAGGAACUGGGCCAUAAAAACAUCUUUAUCAGUUAUACUUCACAGUUCUCAUUUUAAUGAAAUUACUGAAAAGGAGCUGCUGGUUUAAACAAUUAGUUAUAGAUAUAUUGUGGAAAUUGGAUGUUAUAGUGAGUCUUGUCAGAGAUGUCUGGGUGCAUUGAACAAAUCGGUCGGGUCCUGCUUGUGCUGAUCAACCUCAUCUUUCUGCUGGUGGGCUUAGCGAUCACCGCCGUCGGUUUCAUCCUGCGUUAUGGUUACAGCGUCUACAAGCCGUUCUUGGAUUUCUCCCUGAAGGCUCUACAAAAAACCUUAGAUGAUACAAACCUCGGCACAGGACUGGACAUAGAAAACGUGGACAUUGGACAGGUGAUGCUGAGCCUUGCUCUAGGGUUGAUUAUCGGGGGUCUCGUGUUGGUGGCACUAUCCUUCAUGGGCUGUUGUGGUGCUUGCUGUAAAUUCAAACUCUUCCUUUGGAUCUAUGCUUUAGUCAUCCUGGUGUUUGUUCUCAUCGAAGUUGUUGCCAUUGGAAUACUGUACGGAAAGCCAGACAUAGUCAAGGGACAGGCGAAGACUUCCCUGUCCAAAUACGAAGGUCUAGCUUCCUCAGAGGUGACCUCCUUGGCCUGGAACGUUAUCAUGAUACAGUUCAAAUGUUGUGGGAUCGACAGUUAUAAAGACUUUGCGGAGGCUACAAGCUGGAAAAAAAACCCUGCUGGUGUCACUCUCAUAACGCCAGUAGCUUGUUGCAAAACAUUACCAUCUGGUAGUUCGGCCAAUGCUUUUGCAUGUGCCACCGGAACGUUUGACGAAACACUGAGCAACGGAAAUCAGGGUUGUUUUGAUGCUGUCUGGUCCGAGAGUUUUGGGAAGACGGCCAUAGCGGUACCCGUCCUAAUUGUCUGUGGAAUAAUCCAGAUGCUUUUCAUUAUUCUUGCCGUCAAACUAGCCAAAGACGAUGACAAGGUGUCGCCGAUAUAGAAGGUGGAAUCACCACGGAUCUAUAUACAUUGUAAUUCCUGAUCAACGGCCGUCCAAUUUUAGCCUGUGAUAGUGUGUAUAAUAGACAGAUCUUUAUUUUUUAUUUGUGUUAAUGUUUUAUUGUGAUUGUUCUGUUUGAUAUAAUAGGUGCCAUACAUGACAAAAUAUUUAACUGCCGUAAGUGAUGAAAAAACGGGGUACCAGUUGUUUCGACUCGUUGAAAUGCGAACUAUUCCUGAUGAAGCAAAUAUAUCAAUCAUACUGUCUUAUAAUAGAUUGACUUGAACACAAUUAUCGAACUAGGGUCUGUAUUUGCGUAUCGGUCCGGUACGGGAACGGCGUUUAUUCAUACCUACGGUGUCGAUGUAUAACAUUUACAUGUAAAAAUAGAUAAUUGUUACGAUCGUGUUCGUGGUUCGUCUUGAAACAUAUGUAUAUGGUCCCUUAUGCAAUUAGAAAAACCAUGAACACAUAUUCAACGGUGAAACAGUCAUCUAUGAAAAAUAAGAAAUACGAUAAAAGUGAAAAUGUCACUCCCCCCCCCCCCCAUUACAAAAAAAUGGAUGAAAAUCAAGCAAUAAUUUAUAUUGGCCUAAGAGUCUGUUAUUUUUGUAUUCCAGUGUACCAAAAACAUUACUUUAUACGCAUUCAUAAUUGAAAGCUUGGUUGUAUGCAGUUUCGAGCAGUUACAAACUAGUAAACACAUUAAGAAAUGUAUCGUGACAGCUACUUUAACACAAUCAAUCAACUGUUACUUGUUACAAAAUUUAAGAUUUUAAAGAUAUGACCUCAUCCGAUGUUUAAAGCAAGGGUAUUCACAUUAAAAAAACUAAUAAUGUAAUUUUGAAAUAUUGAUGUUCGACUUUUAACCUGUUUACCAUCCCAUGAUGAAAGUUAUUGUUAUUGUUAAAUAAAAUUAUGUUUAUGUCAUAGAUGCAUGUGAAUGUUUUGUCGUUUGUGUUCAUAAACAGUUUGUUUGUUUUUUAAAUAAAAUAUAAGACGCUUU